AUGGAGCUCGCUCCCCCCGCCUGCUUGUUCACCGCGCAGAGCGUCCCGCUGAGCCCGAGCGGCAAGCCCGUCUCCGCCAAGCGGCCCCGGUCGUCCUCCCCGGAGCUCCUCCGCUGCAAGCGCCGGCUGAACUUCGCCGCGUUCGGCUACUCGCUGCCCCCGCAGCAGCCUCACGCCGUGGCCCGGCGCAACGAGCGCGAGCGCAACCGGGUCAAGCUGGUCAACAACGGCUUCGCCACCCUCCGCGAGCACGUCCCCAACGGGGCGGCCAACAAGAAGAUGAGCAAGGUGGAGACCCUCCGCUCGGCCGUCGAGUACAUCCGCGCCCUGCAGCAGCUGCUGGACGAACACGACGCCGUCAGCGCCGCCUUCCAAGCGGGCGUGCUGAGCUCGUCGCCCGGCGUGGCGCAGGCCUACGCGGCGGCGGACAUGAACUCCAUGGCCGGCUCGCCCGUGUCCUCCUACUCGUCGGACGAGGUGUCGUACGACCCCCUCAGCCCGGAGGAGCAGGAGCUCCUCGACUUCACCAACUGGUUCUGAACUCCUACUGCCGGGUGUAAGGAUGCAGUCCGGAGGAGGCUCGAGAAGCACCCAGCUCUGGAUUUUAAAACAGAACAAGGACCGCGAAAGACUCGGAAGGGGG